GGUACUUGAUCAUAGUCUAAUAACAAUAACAAUAUUUAUUAGCAACCUAAAAAAGAAAACGAAUCGGAUAUGAAGAAUUAUCCAGUAACUCCAAUAAAUAAAUCAAAUGAUAAAAUAAUGGAAACGGGAGCUGUGAUGGAAACGGAAAGCAUGACAAAAUGGUGGGAACUUGGGGGGACGGUCAGCGAGGCAGUGACUCAGCGUUCAGAAGCUGUGCAAAGUGUUUACAUAUCUCCCUCCCACGGAGUCUCCUGACGGCGACACGGAACCCAAGUAACACGUCCGGCAUAACCAUGGAGGUAUUAUGGGAGGAGUCGGCAUGACGUCACGAACGUGAAGCCAACGCGCUAUUGGUCCGCUGUCUCCCCUCCCCCCUUAGACCCAAAACAUCAGUCAGCUGAUCUUGUGGACGUGCAUACAAUGCCUCCGUCUGGGCCACACCAGACUCACCGCACACCUGCACCGCCUGCACCUGGCCCCUACCCUCACUGCCCUUGGUGCAGUACAGUCCCCGAGACCAUCGAACACCUGCUGCAGUGUCCACGCUUCCACUCACACCGAGUACUGCUGUGAAGCCAACUGGCCUUCCUAGACGUGACCACCUUUGACCUGCCAACGCUGCUGGCCGCCCUCACGGCAGGAAGCUGUGAUUCGCCUCACCUGCGCCUUCCUCAAGAAGACGGGGCAGCUGUCACGCCUGUGAAACCCUCAUGCACAGGACGUCACCAGGGCUCAUAAGAUCAACUAGAUCAUCGCGGCCCUUAACAGCAACAUACAAUGCCUGCCUGUUCAGCUUAUGGCUGUUCCAAAAGGGAUCGUAGUGGAUCUACAUCAUUUCACAGAGCGUGUGAAGCAGUUUGCCAACCUGGUCCUGGCCCUCAUGAUGCUGUUCGCCAGGUACAAUCACUGGAUGGUGGGCGACAAGUUUGAGAGACUCGCCCCCUCACUGGUGUUCUUCAUGCUAACCUGCCGGCUCAUCGCUGAGUACCAAAUCCACCGGAAGGAGAAGAUGGACAAGGCGGUGGCAGUGGCCAAGAAGUCACCCGCCGCAGCCGCCGAAGGGAAGGACGGAGGAACAGCCGCCAACUCCAUCGCUGGCGGCUCCACAUCUACUCUCGUCUCCUCCUCCUCAGUUGCCUCCGCCUCCUCCUCCUUGCCCUCCUCCCCCUCACCCUCCUCCUGCUCCUCUCAACAUGGACGGUCGAAGAAGGAUGUUUAGUGUGGAGGUGUUUGAUUUGGCCUGAAGCAGGAAGACAGAAGCUUAAUGAAGAAGACUGGUGAGGGCCCCCGCCAUCACUGAAGAACAUGGUGCUGUCACCACUGUUAUCUCUGGAGAGCUUCACAUGGCACCCUCCAUCACUGCCCGCCAUCACUGAAGAACAUGGUGCUGUCACCACUGUUAUCUCUGGAGAGCUUCACAUGGCACCCUCCAUCACUGCCUGCCAUCACUGAAGAACAUGAUGCUGUCACCACUGUUAUCUCUGGAGAGCUUCACAUGGCACCCUCCAUCACUGCCCGCCAUCACUGAAGAACAUGAUGCUGUCACCACUGUUAUCUCUGGAGAGCUUCACAUGGGCGAGGGUGUUUUUGACACACUCCUUAGAAGGUGAGCACCAAGUCUCCCCAGGUACCCGUUUACCGACCAUC